AUGGGCGGAAGGUACGGAAUGCCGAUUGACAUGUGGUCACUUGGGUGUAUUCUCGCCGAAUUGCUCACAGGAUAUCCACUUCUGCCUGGCGAAGAUGAAAGUGAUCAGCUGGCACUUAUAAUUGAGCUGCUUGGUUUGCCGCCUGCAAAAGUUACCGAAAAUGCCAAACGAUCGCGCAAUUUCAUAUCUUCGAAAGGUUAUCCACGGUACUGCACAGUAACAGCGAUGCCUGAUGGAUCUGUAGCGGUUUCAGCUGGUCGCUCAAAACGUGGUAAACCAAGGGGUCCACCGGGCAGUCGAUCUUGGAGUACCGCAUUAAAAAAUCAGGUAAUUUCUUGA